UAAAUUAACGGCAGCCUAAUCGUUUUUUGAAUUAUCCAUUAAAAAUUUUAUAACUGUAAAUUUCCUUGAAUCUUAAUCAACAUUUCCUCUUAAUUUUUCCAUGACAUCAAAGAAAAUAUGAAGUGUCAUCUUGUCACCGUGUACUUGGUUCAAUAAAAACCGACAAUAAAUACAGUCAGUCAUUAAUACUUAAUCGUGUUAUCGUAACUACGAUUAUUAUCAUCAUUAUAUACAGUACUCACUCGAGCCGCUUACCACUACAUCGACAAUGUAGACACGAGUCAUACAAUGCUUCAUGAAUUCACAGUCACUCUGAAUCGCGUCUAUCAGUUACACGUUCCAAUGACUCGUCACAUUAAAACUUUAUUACUAAAACAUACAAAGUGAAUCAUAAUCAAUAAUAUUUCGUAUUUUAAAUUUCUCGCACCUAAAAUAGUGAACUCUUACAUUUUUUCAUACUAACAACAUCGAAACUUUUAUAAAUAACUAGAAUAAUUAACAGACAAUUAGUUAAUAAAUAGAGUCAUGACGCAAUAUAAAGCGUAAUUUGAUCAGUUGUCAACCGUUCAUCUAAUUAUAUACUGCGUCAUAAGUAUAUUUGUAAGUUAAAUUUGUAAACAUAACAACCUAACCUCAAAAAAUUAUUAAAUUAUCAAAAAAGAUUUCUUUAAAUUUUUAAUUUUUUGAAACAUUCCAAUGAUGUGAUGGUAACACGUGAAAAUUAAUUGACAAUUAUGAUCGCCGAAACAAUUAGUGCAAUAUUAAUAAUUAUUGUUGUUAUUUACUACUGGUCUAUAUCAACGUACGGUUACUGGCGCGAACGCAAUGUAAGUGGCCCGGAUCCAUUACCACUGGUGGGUAACUUCAAAGAUGUACUUCUGGGUAAAAAAUCAUUCGGUCGCUGGCUUGACAACUUUUACGAUCAAUACCCGUCGGAAAAAUUUAUAGGAGUGUUUAUUCGUCGGCAGCCAUUGUUGAUAAUAAAAGACUUGGAUAUCCUUAAAGAUAUAUUCAUCAGAGACUUUUCAAAGUUUCCCGACAGAGGACUCAAGACUUUCGAGCACGCGGAGCCACUAUCGCAGCACUUGGUGAAUCUAGAGCACACAAAAUGGCGGCCACUGAGACACAAACUAUCCCCUGCUUUCACUUCAGGAAAACUGAAGGAUAUGUUCUAUCUAUUGGAAGAAUGCGGGGACAAGUUCAAGGUCUAUGUCGACAAAAUGAUGGCUGAAAAACAUGCGGAAGGAGUAAUCGAGGUUAGAGAUUUGACUGCACGAUUUACGACAGACGUUAUAGGGACGUGCGCAUUUGGACUGCAACUGAAUGCAAUGGCGGAUGAAGAGAGCGAAUUCCGCAAAAUGGGAAAGUACGUUUUUCAUAUUGACUGGAAGAAGCUCAUCAGAUUUAGGAUCCGAGAGGGCGCUCCUUGGCUGUACAAGCUGCUGGCACCUAUUAUGCAUGAUAGCAAGGUUACUAAAUUCUUUACGAGUAUUAUGAAGGAAACUAUUGCUUACCGGAAGGCCAACAAGAUCGUAAAAAAUGAUUUUAUUGAUUUGAUAAUGGAGCUACAGGAUAAUCCCGAAAAAGUGGAUAUCAAACUUACUGACACCCUGCUUACAUCUCAGUUGUUUGUGUUUUUUUUGGCUGGGUUCGAGACUUCUUCGACGACGAUGAGCAACGCGCUUUAUGAAUUAGCGCAGCAUCACGAUUAUCAGGAUAGAUUGAGGGAAGAAAUCAAGGUAGCCAUUGAAGGAAACGAAGGAAAGCUGAGUUAUGAGCUCGUUAAAAACAUGAAGUUUAUGAAUAUGGUAUUUAAAGGUAUGUUUUUAUUAUUUGCU